AUGAGUGCAACUGCAAUGUUGCCUCCGAAAUUGCCUCCACCACCACCGCCACCGCCAGGUCAUGGAUCUUCCGGAUUACAACAGCAGCAAUCGCAACAUCGGGUUUCGGACAGUCCAGGAACAGAUACCGAGCAUGGGAUCAAAUACGAGGAUGAUCCAAGCUCUGCGAAUCUCACCGAAAAUUCCAUGAUGAUUCUAUCUCAAUCGGUGGAUUCCAUACAUACUUUGGCCACGAACGGAGGUGGAGAUGAAUCUGAGGUGAGUCCAGGUUCCUGUGAUAAUAGCCCUGCCCUAAUUUGA